UAAACGACGCCAAAGUUGAGACACCUUUCGAACAUCACGUUCGUCUUACGUAAGUCGGCCGAUACGUUUCGUACUUUGCUGGGAAGCACAACUCUUUCUACCAAAGAACGCUACAGAACGAUGUCGAAACCGACCACAGACAGAACCGCACAACAGAUCUCGCCCUCGACAGAACAAGCCAUGAGCAAUACACGCCGCGACUGGAGCCCAGGCUCCGUGAGCGACGGCGUCUGGGCGCAGGCAGUGCACGCAGUCGUCGAGCGCCGCCUCUCAAUGCGCCAGGCCUCGCAGACCUUCGGGCUGCAGCAGGUGGCGCUGCAGCGCCUCGUGCGUCAACACACUCUGCAGCGCCAUGGAGCUAGAGGUACGCCCCCAAUGCAGUCGUUACCUGGAUCAACCACCAGCCCAACCAGCGACGACAGACGCUUCGCAGUCGCAGUUAGCAGCAGCGCGUCAGCUAAUGAACGCUACGUGUUCCCGCGCCUAAACCCGCUUGCGCUCGGCCAACGUAGCCCCACUGGCGCGCCGUUGCCUAGCGUGGCGCCGGUGCCUACAGUGAUGAGCCCUCCGCCAGUCUGUGAGCUCACGCCAGAGAUCAACAACGAGAUCGUUUCCGUGCUCCGAGAACAGUUUAUACAGCAGCAGCAGUACGAUGACUACGAGACUAGCGACGGACGCUUGCAUCGACUCGAGGGCUACGCGGACGCCGACAUCGCCGAGGUGGCUCGCGCGAUCGUGGGCCUGAAUGGCCGUCGUGCGCUACCGACAAACUUCCCGUCUGUCGGCUGGCUCACCUUGUUCAAGCGUGAGAACGACUUCGUCGACAUGGACGACAUCAUCCGCGGCAGGAGCAGAACCCGAACUGGCAGUAGCAACAGCCUCAAGGGUAUCCUAACGCCACAGCAGCUGCAACAGGAACGCUAUAGCCGAAGCUACGAGAUCGAACAGCAGUACGAACUCGAGCGCCGCGGAGACCAACUGCGGUGGGCCCAGAACCGCAGCUAUCGUCAACCGGCCGCUCCACCUCCAACACAACUCAGUCCCGAACAGCCCCGCAGCUCGUACUCCUGGGAAGAUGUCGACGUGGUGGAUGGAGCUGGCAGCUCGAUGCCGCAGCAGCGUCUCCGCUUCUACCAGCCGCCGCGUCAAUCAAGAGAAGACAGCAAAUAUCGAGGAAGUCUAAGCCCCGGAAGCAGCACCGGUCGCUCUGUCCACUCCGAUAGCAACUCCAGCGACCGCAACUACCGUCAGAGCAACUUGGUGCCAGCCAAAGUGUGGGAGGCGGCUAUGGAAGAUGUAGCCAUCCACGGCAUGAGUCUGCGUAACGCCGCCAAAGCCCACGGCGUGCACUUUGCUGCACUUCACCGUCGUCUGAAGAAACGCCAGCAGCACAAACUGAACACGCCCUGUGACCCCAACUACAUCCCGUUCGAAGACGAGGCUGGCGUUGUCCGUGUGAUCCACGCGCGUGCUGAUAUGGGUGUCUUGCUGACGUUCACUGAGCUGGUUGAGCUGCUCAAGCGCACGGCGCUCAAGCACCGUUCAGAGCUGCCUGAAGACAUCGCGACGGCGCUCGUGCGUAGAUUCCAGUCUCGCGUCGAACAGUCCGUCCGCCACCUCAUUAUCGACUGGCCAGCCCAGCCAAAUAACGUGUUGUAUCGGCUGCGUGACACUAGCAACAGUGAAGACGGCGACGACGGCAUGGAUUCCGGAGUCGCAGCUCCUAACGCUGACAAGAGCGCGCCUUCGAUCAUAAGUGGAAGCAGUGGCGAAGGUGGGUCACAGUCCUCGUCCGGUUCGUCUUCGCCUCACGAACAAUCGGUUGCAUCGUUUUCGAUGAUGCACAAGGCUCCAGUUGACGCUGCACUGGCGCAGGACAACAGCAAGAACAACAACAGCGACCCCAGUGAAGACAGUAGCAACACCACCAGCACCGAUAGUGGUGGAGACACUUCUUCUGCUACCGUGUCACCCGGCGACAACGAGAUGGCUUCGAGCGUGUCACCCGGCGACAAUGAGACGGCUUCGAGUCAGCCCUGCAUGAUUUUUCGUCUGUGAGCGCGAUCCUCCGACCAAGCUCCUUAUUUGUAUCUAUGAACUGGCCAACGUCUGCCUAACUGCGCUCGUUGUGCGCGCUGUACCGUGCCAUUUUAUCCCCAUCGCGCGCAACGAGUUGAAGCAGACUACUAAUGAUAUCCCCUGAAAUGUCCGGCGCGGGUCGUACUGCCGCGCUGGAUGCGUACAAUAUGAACUAAGAUAGAGACGUAUAGUGAAAUUAAUGUCGUACGUUGUAGAUUGGACUCAUUCUUCACCAAACACCAUGUACGUUGCUGUGCUGUCACCGCCAGCAGCCGUCAAAAUUAUCAGCUAGAAUCGUUUUGGUGAGGUUCCGUCGUCAAUUGUCGUUAAGUACCAUCGCUCGCAGCUCCGUGGUCGGCAGUGGCCACUCCAGCUGCGCUACGUCCUGAUCUCGCAGCACAGCGUGCGUGUAGGUUCCAAGGGGCGUAGCGAGAGAUGCGGGCUGAAUCGCUCGAGCUCGCCGCCAUCCACAAGCGCAGCAUUCGAGAUCGCGCUUCCUCGCGAUCCAUCACAGGACACGCCAAUGGCAAAAGGAUAACCCAAUCUGAUUGGAUACAAUUAACUCUAUACCUUACGUCUUCAUCCCAGCUCAUGCCUCUUGGCAUGCAAGCACAUGUCGAUGAGGUCAAGGUCUUGCUG